UUUUCAACUCUAAACAAGAAGACACGCAAAAUGAAUUCUUCACGCGAGCGUGAUCCGAUGUACAAGCCGCUUUUCGAAAUAAUCCCCAACAUCCCAGAACGGGUGGACGUCGAUGCGGAGCAGCUUGGACUGGGCUACCUAAAUAUACUACCAUAUUUCGGCAAGAUGAUUGAGCUCGGCCUGUCCGCAAAGAGCGGUGUCAAGGGGAAACUGUGCGGAAAGCUGGAAAUGCUGACCCCCGAGGGGGAAAUCGUGCUGACCCAAUGCAGCGAGAUUCUCAUGAUCGGUGCACUGACCGGGAAGAAGCUUCACUUGGGCAUCGUCAAGGUGCCACGCACGCACGUUCUCUCCAUCUACUGGGAAGCCUCUUCCGAUAAAGAGCCCUCGGCGGAGAACUCGCGCUCACGCUCUCACUCGCAGCCAUAGUAGCAAAAAUUCCAUAUGAUCUAUAUUUUUGGGUUUUUCGUUCAAAUACAUUUCUGGUUAACUUCCCGGCAGUCCCACAAACCCCAA